AUGAAUAAAAUAUGUAGAAUUUGUUUGGAAGAAGGUGUAUUAUCAUCUAUUUUUGUUGAAAACUAUAGUAUCUCUAUAUGUGAGAUGAUUGAAUACUGUAGCAAUAUAAAGAUAAGCCGUAACGAUGGGUUGCCUGAACAAAUGUGUAGCAACUGUAUGUACAAGUUAGGAAUAGCCUAUCAUUUCAAACAAACCUGUGAACGCGCUGAUGUUCGCUUACGCCAAUAUCUAGGAAUACCAAAACAAAGCAAAGUCAAUGAUGCUAUGGUUAUGACAGAUCCAAUCGUAAUGACACAAACAACUAUAAUCAAAAGAUGUAAAUGCAAACAAGAUCAAAAGAAGAGCACAUCAAAUUAUAAAAGAAAACCUGAAUCUGAGAAAUUAAAACGAGGGCCAAAACCAAAGCCCAAGAAAGUGCACUCCUGUUAUCAAUGUAACAAAGAGUUUAGAUGCCAAGCACAAUUAGAUAUGCAUGUAAGGACACAUACAGGAGAUAAGCCAUUUGAAUGCAUGUACUGUCCGCAACGGUUCACACAGAAACACAACCUCACAAUACACCUUCGUGUUCAUACUGGUGAGAAACCAUUCCAAUGUGAAGUUUGCAGCAAAAGGUUCUCUGCUCAAGGAAACUUACAAGCCCAUCUGAAGAUCCACACAGGGCAGAAAGACCAUGUGUGUGCUCUAUGUAACAAAUCAUUUAUAACAUCAAGUGAGUUAACUCGUCAUAUGUGCAAGCAUCGAGGGGUUAAGAAUUUUAAAUGUGAUCUCUGUUCAUCCGCUUACAUACACAGUAGAGAUCUCAAGCUCCACAAGUUGAAAAAGCAUCAGAUCGGUGAUAGUAUGAAGAAUCAAAAUGAAUUUGAUACCAAUAAGAAUAUUGAUAUAGUUUGUAUUGACGAUGUCAAGAACGAUCACAAUAUAAAGGACGGCAGCCAUUAUAAUGCUUUACCAGAUGAUAAAAUGCAGGAACACCUUUUGCCUGAUACAAACUCAAUGUUGCCAUACAAGAAGGAUAUUAAAAAUAUGUACCAUGUUCAAUUUCAAAAUAAAACAAAUGAUGUUGUUAAUUAUAUGGAUACAUAUUCACAGCAUUGUAUGCAGCACCAUAAAGUUGAAAGUCUGUUGAAUUAA